AUGAAAAAUUAUUUACAGUUAUUACUGUUACUGUUAUUCGGUCAGCAGUCGACCGCGAAUGAAGGUUUAUUGCUCGAUACGAGGCAGGCGACGACUGAUCUUGGAUGGGAAAUUGGACCAAACUCAGGGUGGGACGAAAUCUCCGGCCACGACGACGCCGGCAACGAGUACCGAAUGUUCCAAAUCUGCGAAAUCACCCGCACUGAUCAACAAAACUGGCUGAGGACAAAUUACAUCAAGACAUUCGGCGCGAAUCGAGUUUUCGUCGAAAUCGAAUUCACCAUUCGAUCUUGUGAAGAUUUGGCUAAUGUCAAAGUCUGCCGGGAAACAUUCAACUUGCUGGCCUACGAAGCUGAUGGUGAACAAGAUACUCCACAGUGGAAUACUCUUCACUACAAAAAGGUUGAUACAGUAGCGGCUGACAGACGAUUUUCGCCAGAAGCUGAUUCCAGACAUCGAACAAACUUUGAAACUCGUGAAAUCGGAAACUUGACGAAAAAUGGUCUCUUCAUCGCUAUUCAGGAUACUGGCGCGUGCAUGGCCCUGAUGCACUUGAAAGUCUACUACAAAUUUUGCCCUGAGACUGUUGAAAACCUCGCUGUCUUUCCUCGAACUGUUUCUGGACCAGAUCUGACUUCGCUUGAAGAGGCAACUGGAACUUGUGUUGAUAAUGCAGCCAUGGAUCCAUCGCAAAGCCCGAAAUUGUACUGCAAUGCCAAAGGCGAGUGGACUUUGCCAACUGGAAAAUGUCAAUGUGUCGCCGGCUUCACUCCGUCCAAGGACUUUUCUUCGUGCGAACCUUGCCGCAAGGGCACUUACAAGAGUCAAACUGGAAACGGCCCGUGCACCUCCUGCCCACGAAAUGCUGUAUCCAACUAUGGUGGAGCUGAUGUCUGCACUUGCCGACCUGGUUAUUUUCGAUCAGCUGAUGAUUCUGUCGACGCUGCUUGCUCGACUACGCCUUCUGCUCCUCGAGACUUGGCCGCUUUCGACAUUUCUGACAAUGAUCUUCGUCUCUCUUGGAUGGGACCUUCCGACUUUGGCGACCGACGAGAAAUUGAGUACAAAAUUGAAUGCACCCAAAACAACCAACCUUGCCCACGAAGCGUCGGGGCCUCACCAAGCUGGACUGUUCAAUCCCGCUCCGUCCAGAUUCACGGACUCGAUGCCAGCUCCAACUACGAGUUCCGAGUUUAUGCUCUCAACGACAUCUCCUCCAUCGCUGGUGGCGAAGCUGCUUACGCACAAGUCAUUGUCAGCACUGCUGAUCGUUCCCCAGCCGGAAUCGCCAUGGUUGAAAUUGUCGAUUUCACCUCUUCCACCGCUCGAAUUGCCUGGCAAGAACCAAGAAUCUCUGAUGGCGUUGUAAAUGGUUAUGAAACUGUUUUGGAAAACAAAAAUGGCGGCGGCAUCAUCCGGAACAUGACGACUGACCAGGAGAUCUUCUUUUCCGGACUCAUGGCCUCGAACGUCUACGUUUUCAAGGUACGCGCACGGACCAGCAACGGACUCAGCCCGUACUCAAAUCCCGAGGAGUUCAAGACAUACGCGUCCAAUUCUCGCGUUAUGCUCUCAAAACCUGAGUUUGAAGAGUCAAGCGAAUUUGUCGAAGAAAGCAACACUGGAGCCAUCGCAGGUGCCGCCGCUGGUGGUGCUGUUAUUCUCAUCAUGUUGGUGGUCUUCCUCGUCAUCUGCACUAGAAAGAACACUUAUCAUAAGGGCGAUAAGUACGUCCACGAGCUUGGCGUUACUGAUGUGACUUUCCACCCUGUCCAUCCAGUUGGCAAAAACUCGGCUAUUUACGGGAUGGAACACACUCCCUGGCUCGCGAAUCAAGAAGCUCCACAGCCAAACCAGGAGCUCGAAGUCAGCCAGGUCGAAGUCGGAUCCACUCUUCGAAGAGCUACAGGUUCGCAAAUGGUCGAAGUCUUACACGGCACCUUCCGACCCUUCAACGGUCAAGCCCCAGAACCAGCCAUUGUCAAACGACUCCGAGUUGGAUUCACUGGCCAGCAGAAAGCCGAGUUCCUCAAUGACGCUGACAUCAUCGCGCAAUUCCGACACGAAAACGUGAUUGAAAUCAAGGGCGUAAUUUCACACACGAUGCCGCUCAUGUCCGUUUAUGAGUACAUGGAGCAUCCCUUUGCCGACGAAUUCCUGAGGAUGCAUCGGGGUCAACUCUCGCAGGUCCAGCUCCAAGGGAUGAUCCGCAACGUCGCGGCCGGUAUGAAGUACUUGAUUGAACAGGGCUAUCUCCACCGGGACCUCCAAUGCGCUCACCUUGCUGUCACCGCCAAUUUGAACGUCAAAAUCGCCGACUUCUCUCAAGCCAGACGACUCGCUGAAACCUUUGUUCCAACAGUUGGAAAAUGCUCGUACAAAUGGAGCGCGCCGGAAGUCAUCAGCCAGAGGAUGUACUCAGAGGCCUCAGAUGUUUGGAGCUUUGGGGUGACCGCUUGGGAAAUCAUUAACUUUGGCGACGCCCCAUACUGGGAGAUGAAUGAUGAAGAGGUCAUUCGCAAGAUCGAAACUGGUUACCGACUUCCUUGCAACACCAACUGCCCUCCCGCUCUCCAACAAAUCCUUCUCGAUUGCUGGAAAUCCGCCUCUAACGAGCGUCCUCCCUUCAAUCGAAUCCUCAAGCAACUCGAUCUUUCUCUUCGAUCACCAAGCAACCGAACUAGCCAAUAUUCUGGCUCUUGCAUGACUCUUGAUUCCAACGCGUCUUCUGCCAGCUCUCUCGGUCAAUGGCUCGAGGGAAUUGGCCUUGCUCAGUACCGAGAACGUCUUCAGCAAAAUGGUUUUGGAACUUUGGAUGAAAUUAUUCAAAUGUCUAGAACUGAUAUGCGAGACAUCGGAAUCAACUCUCUGAACGAGCAAAACCACCUCCAAGAAUCCGCCCGAGCUUUUGCCCACUCGCGGACUCGCCAAACCAUUCCAUACGGCAACAGAUGUGAUAUGUCUCUCGAACGAGGAACAACUGUCGCUGUCUAA